UCCUCUUUUCCAUUUCUUGCUUUUGAAGAAUCCUGUUCAUCUUCUACUUCCUUGCUAGAGAAAGGGCCCUGUUCUUUCCAAUCCCCUCUAACCUUCCCUGUGCAGACAGCUACUGCAUAAUCCCCCCUCCCAUCCUCUAAUCCCCAAGCAGGAACCCCAGACAUCCUGUUUUCCCUGAACAGUAGGGGGAGCCUCAGGCUCCAGCUCCUCCCCCUGGGUCCUGCCACUGCAUUUCUGAAGUCUGGCCCCUUCAGUGCCUGGCCCUGUGGUGAAAAACCAAAGGAGAGGAGGGGGUGAACCAGAGGAAUCCAUCCAGGAGGAGAAGCUGGUCCUGUCGCCCUUCUCUGACUGCUCCCCAGCCGGCCUCUCCUUAGAAGCCUGAGUUCAGGAAACAAGAAAUACUGAUUCUGAGGACCAAGACAUGGGCCCUGCAGGCAGUGCCUUCCUACUGUCUCUUCUACUGGGGUCUUGCCCAAGCUCUUCUCCCAGAAACAAACAUCUGCAAUCAGUGUGUGGAAGACCUGUAUACUCAGGCCGUGUGGUAGGUGGCCAGGAUGCUGUUGCAGGGCGCUGGCCUUGGCAAGUCAGCCUGCACUUUGGCCAGACCCAGGUCUGUGGAGGGUCUCUCAUCAGUGACAGGUGGAUACUGACAGCAGCACACUGCUUAAAAGGGAGCUGGAUUCCUUUUUUAUAUACUGUACGGCUGGGAUCGAUUAAGAAUGACCAAUCAAGUCAAAGUGUGAAUCAUCGUGUGUUCAAAAUUAUCACCCAUCCCCAAAUUCAACACACAUCUGCAGACAUUGCCUUGCUGAAACUGGUCUCUAGAGUCACCUUUACUUCCUUCAUCCUGCCCAUCUGCCUGCCCAGUAUCACAAAGCAGUUGAAAAUUCCAGCCUCUUGCUGGGUGACUGGAUGGGGAACUGUUAAGGAAAGUGAAGAUAGUGAUUACCCCUCCAUCCUCCAGGAAGCAGAAAUACCCAUCUUUAACCACCAGGCCUGUGAAAAACUCUACAACCCAAUUGGUCCCGCACUGCCAGAAUUAGAGUCAGUCAUCCAAGACGACGAGAUAUGUGCUGGUGAUAUACUCAAUAAGAAGGACAGCUGCAAGGGUGAUUCUGGAGGACCUUUGUCAUGUCAUAUUAAUGGUGUAUGGAUCCAGAUAGGACUGGUAAGCUGGGGAAUAGGCUGUGCUGAAAGUCUCCCUGGAGUCUACACCAGUGUGAUCUACUAUCAAAAAUGGAUUAAGACCACUAUCUCAAGAGCUGAGGUUUUGGGUACCAAAAAUCUGGACUUAACUGAAUUCCUGUACCUUACUGUUCUGCUCUCUCUGGCUGUCCUGGGACCCUUCUGUGCCUUUGGGCCUAACAUUUUAAGGAGAAUAGAUAGUAUAGCUAAAGCCACUGGCCAAGUUCAGGGUUAGGGUGGGAAUACAUAGAGAUUAAGCCCCAAGAGCAGAGAAUGCACAGGAGAGUCACUGGGAACUCUGGAUUACUUUAUUAAUUAGAAAUGAUUUUGUUUUUGAGGUUCUUUAUUCUGAAAGUAUGUUUUAGUGGUUCAAAUGUGAAUAGCUGAGAAAUAAGGCUGCUGCCUCUGUGCAUAGCAUUUUUUGUCCCUAACUAUGAAUCUUGCAAGGCAAGAAAGGUACCUUCUAUGAAUAAGUAUGUAUGAACACAAUAAAAUGGCUACUGGAGAAGCAGUAGAAAUAGAAGAAAAGAAGAAAAGAAAUAUCUGUGAAGGCAAAGGGAAAGUCCUCAAGGAAAUAUAUUAAGAGUUUACUCAUAGGGCCCAUGGUUUGCAUUAUGGGCUUCUUACCUGGUCUAUAUAUUCCUACACUGCCUCAUAGCAAGGAGUCAAAUAAAAAAUGCAUAUAUAUAAUUCA